AGACUAAACUAUGACGUCAGAUCAAAAUCAUAACAUUACAUUUACAAUCUGUGGACUACGGUAGAUGUUGGAUUGACUUUGGGCUUCAUUUUGCGAAAUUCCCACACUCAGGAGUGGAGAAAAACAUUGUAUUUGUGCCAGCUUGGCGUACGAUGACACAUUUGUCUGUUGGAUGUGUCUGAGUUUUUCCUUGCAGUUGACUAUGAAUCAUGAUGGCCAAAGGCUCAUUCGAGGAAUCCAGUCCAUUACGCAUCAGCACUGCCUCAGCUAGUAGUAGUAACUUGAAUGACAGAGAGCUCAGAGAUCUCAACAAGUUCAUCAAGUUCAUGGCAUUUAAGUCUGUGCAGGUGAUUAUACAGUCUCGUUCUGGAGAAAAAAUUGAUUCUGCAUCCAAAGCCAAAUCUGAUGGAACAGACUGGUUCAAUCUAGCUGUUUACGACAAUCCAACUAUUAAGAGUAAUGUCAAGAAACUCCUUGCUCAAGAACUUCCGAGGGUGGGCUCCCCGUUAAAUGUGGAAGUGUCCUUGGAAACCAACGAGGGUGACAGAAUGGUGCUGGAAUGUUGGAGUUUGGUUGUCAAUGAAACUGUUGAUCCUAAUGCCAAGAUCCACUACGCCGUCUACAAUCGCCUUGGUCUCCUGCUCAAGUCACUGAUAUGUAUCUCCAGGAUCACACCAGCAUACCGCAUUGCCCGGCACCAGCUAGGAGCAGACUACCGGGUCAUGUCUCGCAUGUACUACGGCGAGAUGAAGCUGUCCUUCCUGGGUGAAAACUUCCAUUCCUUGAAUGUGGGUUCAGUAGCUACCCCUAUUGGUUCUGUUUUCCUGUCUGUAGCGUACAGGACCAAGCUUACCUUGUCUGUGCAUCAACUACAGAGAAGUAGCAUCAGUCCGGUAACUGUAAGAGAUGAUUACUAUGGUAGCUCAAGUCCUAAACAUAGAAGUCCAGGAACAACACUUGCACCAGGACUGGAUGACUCCUCAACGUUGGAAGGCUCUCAAGAUCUAUGUGCAACUUCGUUCUCUACCUCACCACCAGAUCCUUACAUCUUGCAUGGUGACUUUACAACCCCAUCCCCAAGCAGGUCAAAGGUCACAGAAGACAGACCUAGAGGGAGCAGCCAUGGUUUAGGAUCUGACGUAUUCUCAGGGAAGCUCGGUGCCUUUGCAUCACCAAAACAUCAGCCUGAUCCAAGUGAGAUUAUCGCCAGUGAUAUACCCUUCUCUUCAUUGCUGCUAGAACAUACCUCCCUCGACAACUCCAGUAAAGACAAAUCCAGCUCCCCAGAACAGACGUUGUCAGACCAGCCUGAGGGUCAAGCUUCUUCCUCUUCCCAGAAUUCCAAGGAGUCGACCCAAAGUCAACAUUCAGUCGCUGAAGACUUUGUUAUGGUGGAAUUUAAUCCAGCAUUUGCCAAACCUGAGAGCAAUGGUGAUGUUGUGAGUUUCUAUCGGCAAUUCCAAAUGGCGCCUCCGUUGGUCAUGUUUGAUAAUCAACCGUCAUUGGAAGAAACCCUGGAAAUGCUGCCGACACAAAUUGCAAAGUUCGAGGAGAAUCAAGCUGAAUUUGACAGCUUUGUGCAAUCGUUACAGCGAGACAGCGAAGAGAGUGAUUGACCAACACUCCUUGCACAUCAAGUACUAUUAUUUAUUUUAAAAACCUAGCUGUUUGGCAGUGAUUUUUAGGCUGGUCUCUUAUCUCCAGGAUGGAGGUUCGAACCCAACUUGAGGCAUUUGUGUCCAUUAGAAGCACAUUUUAUGAUAAAUUACCUCUUCACUGCACAAACGUUGACAUGUGCCUGCUGUUGACCAGAUACUAAUCGCAAUGUGGCAUGUAGAUAUAAUGACAAGGUUUGCAGAUUGUGGAUUUGAAUCCAACCAGAGUAUCAAGGUGGUACUGUUCUUAAGCAGGAUACUUUACCAUAGUUAAACCUCCCUCUAAUUGAAAUGCAGGAGAAUCUGCAAGGGCAGAGUUGAUUUAAGUAAGACUGUUGGGGAAUGGGGGUUAUGGAUCGGCCAAGGAGUAUAAUGUAAAACAAUGUACAUAGUAUGCAAUGAGCAGAAACCAGUAAAGGUUUAGGGAAGGAGUUUGGAGAUCCGCAUGAUUGGUGCUCAUGGGUUGGAUUGCUGCUAGAUUUUAUCUAAGAUCUCUGUAAAAUCAUGGAGAAUUAAAACUGCCUCUUACAUUACAAAUGUAUCUAUGUCUCACUGGGAAAGUCUUGGAAGACCAGGUAUGGGACCUUAUCUUUGUCAGAUGUCAUUUUCUUCUGAAAUACCAGAGUAUUUGAGUGUUAUUUCCAUAACAAGAAUUAGGUUUCUAAGUGGAAAUCUGUAGAACUUUCAGUUUCAGGAAUUUGGACACAGUUUUGCUAAAGGGUUUUAUUCAACUAAACUGCCAUGCUGAAAUGUUCCAGAUUGAACUGUACCCAUUGGCUUGGAAUAACGCCCUCGAAAGAUGAGAAACCACCAGCCUGAUCUCUAACCACUGAUAUUUCACAAACAUACAUCUUCAAGCAAAACUGGUUGUCAGAAUUUCUUCAUAAGGACACGGUUAUUUUCGUUACAUUGUCCUUCAUACAUAGUCCUUCAUAUGCUACGCAAAUUUUGUAGAAUGAAAGGCCCAAUCAGAACAUUUUGAUCAGAAGAUAGAAAUGUGUCAAAAUGGACUGAUUGUUAACAUGUUGCAUGAUUUAUUACAUGAUCCGUUCAGAUAAUUCACAGAAUUGUUCUUCUAAAGAUUACAAAUCAAGUUCAUGAUUUUUACUGCACGGGCUGAGAAAUACAGUAAUUGUUUUCAGUGUUGGUGAUGUAUAUGUGUUUUAAAGAAAACUUGAUGAGCAGAUAAAAGUGGUUUUGUGUGCCUGUGGAUACAUGUAUUUUCUACUGUGUAUAUUGUGUAAUAACAUGGAUGAAAAAAUCAAUAAAUUGGAUAAAAAUUAA